UUAUAAAGUAGUCUACUGAGUUUAAUUCAGUGUCAGAUUAGAGAAUAGAGUUUUGGAGAAAAGUCAACGCAUACAUAUAGUUAGUAGAACUUCAGGUUUGGGCGACACAUCUCGGGUUGGCAUACAUCCCCUGUAUGCACAAAGUUUAGGAGUUGCUUUUGAAAGUGAGUUGCGCGACUCCAGUCACCACGGACGGCACCUUAUAAACAGACCGAUUGGAUGACAGACGCUCUUCCUUGAGACCGGUAGAGAUAUUCCUGUUGACGGGUACCACUCGUGCUCAGCAUCCCAAACUGAGUUUACUUGGCAACUUUCAGCUAGUGAACGAUCAUUCUCACAAACAACGGGUUGAAUUGGUGAAAUAAAUAGCAGAAACUAUGCCCAGCAAAAGUGAAGAUAAUCGGCCAAGACUCUGCCUGCUGGAGAAAGGGGACAAUGGUUAUGGGUUCCAUCUCCACGGUGAGAAGGGUAAGACCGGGCAGUUCAUACGGCUUGUGGAGCCCGACAGUCCGUCGGAAACUUCUGGGGUUCGCGCGGGGGACCGACUGGUGUUCGUGAACGGGGAGAACGUGGAGAGCGAGAGCCAUCAACAGGUUGUGUCCCGGAUAAAAGCCACCGUGGGCCAGCUCGAGCUCAUUGUUGUCGACCAGGACACUGAGCAACUGUUGAAAAAACACAAGAUGAAGUGUCUCAAAGAAUAUGUCACGGAGCCCAUUCCUUUACCCAGCGACGACGAGUCAGAAAGCGAAGACGUUAAGGAGAAUGGGACACCAUGCGGGACACGGAGAGAAUCCACACCCAUCCCGGAAAAUAACGGAGAGCACCAUGGCCACGUAGAGCUCCAUAGCCAUGUUGAGAAAAAGCUGAGCAUCAACUCUGAGAAG